AUGCGAGAUGAAGAGGAACCUAUCAAGUUCUGGAGAGCGUGGCUUAUUCCUGGCGUAUUGAUAUUCGCUCUGACCUAUGCAUGUGUUAAGGGUGUAAACUACGCUAUGUUCUUCUGGCUACCACUUUACUUGAACGAACAUGCUGAUAUUCCUCCUGAGAAGGCCAACCUAUUCGAUAUGCUGUACAACAUAGGCACGGUAUUUGGUUGUAUCAUCUGCGGUUGGGUAUCAGAUUACAUGGCUAGGGUACAAGGAUCAGGAAGAUCUCCAUCACUCUUUUUCUUUAUUUUCUUGGCUUUGAUCCCAGUAUCUCUGCUGCAUGUUGACGACCCCACAGUUGUCUAUUUGAGCGUGAUGUUGCUCCUGGCAGGCUUCCUGAUUGGAGGUGCAUCGAAUCUUGUCGGUAGUGUGGUAUGCACCGAUAUUGGUCGUCAAGAUGCUCUCAAAGGUAACCGCAAAGCAGUGAGUCAAGUGACCGGUAUCAUCGAUGGCACUGGUGCAUGCGGAGCCGCUGUACAGCAGGGAUUAGUCUCAUGGAUAGCUACCUAUAGUUGGGACGGUGUUUUUAUAUUGCUACCUGUUUCUCUCGGACUCUCUUGCAUUCUUCUUGGGACACGAGCCUAUAAGGAGACUAAGGGAUUCCUGAAGGGGUUUAGGUCUCCCAGGCAGCAGAGAGUUCCCACCGAUGUAUCUAAGUGA